AUGAUGCUGCAAACCGGAAGUCGGAUACCAAUUAUUUUUCCGGCGCCUAUAAAGCGGUACCAAUAUACCAGUACAGACUUGCGGUCCAGAACUAGUCUGGUCGCAGGCUCAUCAAGUAUAAAGUGGAUUAUCAAGGGCAUUUGGCUGGUUCACUGGGUUCUGGCCCCUCCAACGAACCGCGGCCCCUCCUCUGGCUCCUCCCUCGGCGCCUCCCUCGCGCCGCCGCCCUCCCACUCCGUCAAGGCCCCCAAGCCCUCCCGCAAGGUCAUCCUUACCCCGGGCCACUCCCCGCUCGACUGGGCGCGCAUCUCCGGCCCCAACGCCGACCUGCGGAACCUGCCCCCCGACACCCCCUACCUCAAGGUCACCCCCUCCCAGCUCAAGAUCAUGAACGGUCGCAAGGGCAAGGACGCCUGGAUGGCGCUGGGCGGCCGCGUUUACAACAUCACCCCCUACCUGCCCUACCACCCUGCCGGCGUGCCCGAGCUGCUGCGAGGCGCCGGCCGCGACGGCACCAAGCUGUUUGGCGAGAUCCACCCAUGGGUCAAUUACGAGACCAUGCUUUCCGCUUGCCUCGUCGGGCUCUUGGUCGAGGAGGGCGAGGGUUCCAGGCCGAGUGCAAUGGAUGAAAUGGACUGA